UAUAGUCCGUAUAUAUUAGCCUUCUACACAAAACGUGGGGGAACAGUUGCGCUUGUUCAAUUGUCCAGUCGACAUGUCGCCCACUCGCAAAAUCAACGUGUCUACUAAUAUUCGAAAUAAAGAUGUUGAUUCGUUCGAUUUCACCUGGAGUUUCCAUCCCAUUUUCGUCUGGAUGCGGACGGUCUUGGGCAUAGAAUUGAACGACAACCGACUCACGAUAUUAGCAACGGCUGAUUCUGCUGUUGAACCGUUGCGCCGGAGAUGUUGCCGCUGGAUCCGACGCUUAUUCUGGGGGUUCCUAGUGCUGGUCAUUUCUCUCUCGGUCAACAUUUUGGACGCCAUUUUCACUCACGACGACACGAUCGACAGCCAUUAUUUGCUGCACGAAGAAAAGGUCAACGUCACCGUGUCCGAUCUGAUGAUCAUUCGCAUCGCCGCCGUCAACGAAGUCUUUUACAACGGGACCAUCCACUUGAUUUUCUACACGCUGGCCUGUUGCCUCGACGAGUGGAAGCAUUUGUGGACCAUUCUGCAAAAGAUUCAAUUCCAAUUGCCCAAACUGGACAGGCAAUUCUAUUUCACCUGCAGGAAGAUUGCAGUCGUCGGAACCAUCUGCAUCUUUGUGGUAAUGUCUGAAACAUGAGUCCGUGAUUAAUGCUAAUUCAUUUGAUUCUUUUCUCCCCCAAAGAAUUGUGGGUUGAACGUUCGAUUGGCCAUCAAUAAUUUAAGGACGACAUUGCCGAUCGACGUUGUGAUAUUGGUGACGUCACUCUCCAAACUGUCAGAGACGUUAUCUUUGAGCAUUUUGGUUUUGUUUUUCGUCCUGGUCUGGUCGACUAUUCACCUGUUCCGCUUCGUCAAUUCGAAAACGGCCGGUUUAAUCACGGCCGAUUCGUCGUCAAAUGCGCCCAUCAGUUUCACGGUCAGCCAACAGCUGGAAAACUGGCGACGUCUUCACGCUCUGACCUGUCAACUGGUGGAUCGCAUCAACUCUUGCUUCGGCUUCAUUCUGCUGGUGGCAAUGACUCACGGCUUCAUCAGCUUCAUCAGCGACUCGUUUGAAAUCACCAUGGCCUUCAGCAAUGGCAGUAACUUCCAGACGCGCUUCCUCAUCCGUUUCUUUCAACAUUUCACACUCUUGUUCGUCGUCUGUUAUUCAUCUUAUCGACUCCAGGCAGAGGCUUCCAAUACGUCGAAAUGUCUUCGCCAAUUCAAUUUCUCAUCCGUUCUGCCCAAUCUGCACAUCCAGCUCAACGGCGUGUUGAUGGAGGUGGGUCAAACGCAGUCGAAAAUAUCAGCGGCCGAUUUCUUCGACAUUAACUUGAGUCUCAUUCCAACUCUGAUUGGCACAACUGUGACAUACUUGAUCAUACUCUAUCAACAAGCCAACGCCGAGGCCAAAUGAAUAUCGAUUCGACGUCCCGGUUUAUUAUCAAACUGGCACAAGUCCCGCGUGCGUCAAUUGCUGGGCACUCCCCUGAUGCCUUAUAUAAGAAGAGCGGAGAGCGGCCAAAUGAAAAAGGAAGACAACCAGACAGAGUCUUUUAUCAAUUACUCCCACGUCAUGUUAUAUCUGCUAUAGUACUGGCCGAAUCUAAUAAUAUAAAAAACAACUUUUUUGUUGGAAUAAAUAACGAACGAGUUGCUCUGUAAUAAUUGGGAAAACGAAAAUUCCCGGGCGCG